AGAGGGCAGGGAAGCAGCCGUUUAGCUACGUGACGCACACAACAAUAGUUCACCAAAUUUCGAAAUUAAGCGUAAUUAUAGUCUAAUAUUAAUAGUUUUGCGAGUGUAAAUUGCGCAUUACUGUAGUUUCUAUUUGCUAAUAACGCCGAAGUAACGCUAAAGCGUACGUAACGAUUAUAACGUUAGCGGAGAUAGUUUACUUUUUUCGACAACAUGAGAGGGGGUUCUUCCUACGGAGACAGAGACAGAGACCGUGGACGAGACAGGCCACGGUUUGGGCCCAUGAGCAGCCGGAGUGGACCUCCACCUAUGAAGUUUGGGAAUCCAGGUGAGCGUCUCCGUAAAAAGAGGUGGAACCUGGACGAGCUGCCAAAAUUUGAGAAGAACUUCUAUGGUGAACAUCCAGAAGUCCAGCGCAUGAGUCAGUAUGAUCAGGAAGAAUUUCGCAGAAAGAAGGAGAUAACCGUCAGAGGCUCCGGCUGUCCAAAGGCGGUCACUGCCUUUCACCAUGCACAGUUUCCUCAGUAUGUGAUGGAUGUGCUGUUGCAGCAGAACUUCAAGGAGCCAACAGCAAUCCAGGCUCAGGGCUUUCCUGUGGCCCUGAGCGGCAGGGACAUGGUGGGGAUUGCCCAGACUGGCUCCGGAAAGACACUGGCGUAUCUUCUUCCUGCUAUUGUACACAUCAACCACCAGCCCUAUCUGGAGAGGGGAGAUGGCCCAAUUUGUCUGGUACUCGCUCCGACCAGAGAGCUGGCUCAGCAGGUUCAACAGGUUGCAUAUGACUACGGCAAGUCUUCCCGGAUCAAAAGCACCUGUGUCUACGGUGGAGCACCCAAAGGACCACAGAUUCGAGAUCUCGAGAGGGGUGUUGAGAUCUGUAUCGCCACCCCUGGUCGCCUUAUUGACUUCCUGGAGAGUGGGAAAACUAACCUGCGGCGCUGCACCUACCUCGUGCUGGAUGAGGCUGAUCGCAUGCUGGACAUGGGCUUUGAGCCACAGAUUCGCAAGAUAGUGGAACAAAUCAGGCCAGACAGACAGACUCUGAUGUGGAGUGCAACCUGGCCAAAGGAGGUUCGGCAGCUUGCCGAGGACUUCCUGAGGGACCACAUUCAGAUUAAUAUUGGUGCUCUGGAGCUCAGUGCCAACCACAACAUCCUGCAGAUUGUCGAUGUCUGCAUGGAGACUGAAAAGGACCAGAAACUUUUUCAGCUGAUGGAGGAGAUAAUGGCUGAAAAAGAGAACAAAACAAUCAUCUUUGUGGAGACGAAGAAGCGUUGUGAUGAUCUUACCAAGAGGAUGAGGCGGGACGGGUGGCCAGCCAUGUGUAUCCAUGGAGACAAGAGCCAGCCAGAAAGAGACUGGGUACUCGGAGAAUUUCGGAGUGGCAAAGCUCCGAUACUGAUUGCUACAGAUGUGGCCUCUCGUGGUCUGGAUGUGGAAGAUGUCAAGUUCGUCAUCAACUAUGACUAUCCCAGCUGCUCUGAGGAUUACGUGCACCGUAUUGGACGCACGGCCCGCAGUACCAACAAGGGCACUGCCUACACAUUCUUCACCCCAGGGAAUUUGCGCCAGGCGCGAGACCUUGUCCGGGUGCUAGCGGAGGCCCGGCAGGCCAUCAACCCUAAACUGCUUCAGCUGGUGGAAUCUGGGCGUGGUGGUGGAGGAGGCGGUGGCAGAAUGCGUUACCGUGGCAGCAGCUCCAACAACCCUAACCUCAUGUACCAGGGAGAGUGUGAUCGCCGCAUGCACGGUGGUGGCGGCAGCAAGGACAGCCGCGGUGGCUUCGGCCGUGAUAGCCGCAACAGCCGUGAUGGAGACCGCUCCACUUCCUCCGCCUCUUCCUCCUACAGGGACAGAAGCCGGGAUCACAGGAACAGCUACAACUCAGGCUCAGAUCAGUACCAGAGUUACAACAGCGGCGGAGGCUACAACACGCGCAGCGGAGGCCAGUCUGGGGGAGGUCAGGAUCAGUCUAACCAGCAGCAGGGUCAGUUUGGCCAGCCUCCUGCUCCUCCUCCUCCUUCUCAAUCAUCAGGGGGGCUGCAGCCUCUGAUGGCUCAGCAGUUUGUACCACCACAGCCAGGGCUUAUGGGCUUCAUGGGUCAACCGCCUUUCCCUUUUGCUUCUCCACCCCCUCCUCCCCCAGGCCCUCCACCUCCCCGGAAGUAGAAUCAUGAGCAAGAGGCACUGAGUUAAUUUGCGCAGCUUAGUGUUUUCACAGUUUAACUUUAUAUUUACUCUCCAACUCUUGUUAUCACCAAGAGGCGGGGAUUUGAAAAGGCAUAUAUCUAAGGAGGUAAGGGCUUAUAUUUUUCUAUUUGUUUUGUACUUUUAAAUAUGUAUAGACCUGGAACUUUCCCCCUUCAUUUUGUCAACCUAGAUCGUCACUCUCCACAGCCUCAUACAGGUGCUCUCAACCACGUACCAGGGAGGAACAAGUGUCUUGUGUUUUCAUUUCAAUCAAACACUACAGCAGUGGAUUUCACUAGUUUGUUGUCCCUCUAGUCUAAAGAUAGAGAUAAAGAUAAAGAUUUUGCUAUAAUUGGGACAUCCUUGGGCGCAGUGCAGAGGUGAGGUCGGGACUUUACAAAAAGGAGUCUUUCUGAUACCGAUAUCCAUAUCGGAAAUGCCUCUGAUACUGCCUAUAAUGUUGAAUCAGUUUGCCGUGUUGUCCUUGUUUUACUAAAGGUUUAACCUGUGCCACCCAACACAACAAUGAUACCAAUAAUUUCACAUCCAUACAAGGAUAGUAGUAUACAUCAGUUUUCUUUUUUAUUUUCCUUUAAAUGCAGUGGUAUCUCACUGGUACUUAGUAUCAGCCAACAUGCAAGUAGGCUUGGGAGGUAUCUGUGUUUUAAUACCUCUGAUAGGUAUCUGUGUCAGGAGGAAAAAAGUAACGUUGGAACAUCUUUGAUAAAAAAGAUGGUGACAAGGUGCCAGAAGCGCAGAAAAAAAACUGCAAAUGUAGCAAAGCCGGGGUUGUUGUUUACCUUCAAGGGACGAUAAUGUUUAGAAACAUUAGUUGACAGUUCCUGCAUAGCGUACCUUUAAAUUGUGUUGACAAUUGAAUGAAAGCUAUCUUACACUGAGGCCUCAGUGGUACAUGGGUGAAAGAGCUGAUCUAUGGGAAAAAUGAUCCCUAAUAUAUGCAGUCACAUUCCAGAGCCUCGUCCUGUUCCAGCUUUUAUUAAUAUUCAAAAUCUCCGACUUAUUUUGUUUGAGGUUUUGACCACCAACAUAUGGUAAUUAUUCAAUUAAUUUUGGGCUUGUGUUAUUCCAAACAUUGAAGUAAUGCAUCCCGGUGGUGAAUCUUCUUCCGUAGUGUUGAUACCAUGCAACCACUAUUUUAGUUUCUUUUUUUUUGUGUGUGUAAUGAACUGUUGCGUUAGGUUUAAAAACAUUUACUCUUUACUUCUAUCAUGUCCUGUAGCAAGUCAAAACUUUUGUUUCUAUUAACUUUUAACUGUUUAACUCAUAUUGUUAAUGCAGGUUUAUCUUCAUGUGGAUUGUUGACUUUAUUGUGGUUUGUUUGCUCUUUUAUUCAUUGUUCUUUUUUUCUUAAUAAAUAAAUCUAAGCAUUUUUUUUCUACUUUGUAAAUUCUUGAUAAAUAUUUAUACAUCAGGUGAAUUCCCCAUACAAAUGACUUUAUUCACCUUACAUUUGUUGUACAUUCUCAGUUUGUACCCAGAAGUAUGUACACGUGUGUUGCUUUUAUUGGUAAAUAUACAUCAUGGCAUGAAGCUUUUAUUUACAUCAAGAGCACAGAUGGAAAAGACUGUUCACCUCCUUCACAAAUACACACAUGUAGAGUAGAGGCCUUGUCACAACACUUUGUUUUGCUGCACUUUUUAACGUGUAUCAAUCUUUAAAAUCUGGAUUCAGUUUAGUUGAUUGACUCACUUUGGGUCUUAAGUUAAAUUUUUUGGGUUGUUUUUCUUUUGCCAGUCCGAAUUAAUGUGGGAGGUCCAGUCUGAUUCAUCUGAAAGCUGGAUGAGUGCUUUGCAUGCACAGUGCUCAAUCAUGUUCUUGCAGUGUACUGCGGAUUGAAGCAUAACAGGUAUCUCAGUAAACGACUGAGGUUACCACAGACGGGGGUUUGUAGCUGCAGCAAGUUUUGUAGAUAGGGGAGCGCAGCAAUAACUUACUACUUUGUAACAUACUUUAAAUCCAUCUCACCAGGACAUGAAAUAGCAUGGCUGGCCGCAAGAAAUAAGUCACCUGUCUCAUGUUUUGUGGGAAUGGUGCGAUAGCUGGUUCUGUAAUUCAGGUUCCCUCAGAGCAGACAUGCUGGGGUAGGCAGUUUCAUUUUGGCGUCAUUGGGGAAAAAUUCCAUAAUAUACAUUGAGCAUAUUGUAAUUGAAGUGAACUGAGAGAACAAUAGGUCACCUGGCUCUGUUUUCAGGCUUCAGUAAAUCUAGCGUCUGACAGGAGGCCUCAGCCAAUCACAGGUCAUUUCCGAGAGAAGGCGUUGCUGUUGGCUGUUCUACAAUUACAGAUACACAUGCCCAUCUCUGGUGAGAAGUUGCUAUUCCAGUGUUGACAGCAACUGCCUACACUGCAAGGCAACCCAAAUAUGGACUUAUCAAAAAGAGAGUUUGACGAACAAAAUAAAAUAAGUCAAUAUCGCCAAAGUGUUUCAGAGAUGGAGAGAAAGUGUUGGUAAUGAUUUAGCUUUCUACUAACUGGAGGGAAAGGCUCACAGCUGUGGCUACAGACCACCUCAGUGGGAGGCGAGUUGGCAGCAGCUCCUGGGACGGACCCCCAGUCAGUGGUUGCAGCAACCUGAAUUGAGCCAGCAAAAACUCCAGCUCAGGGGACCAGGAAGCCCUGACUCCCCACCAUAUCAGCAAACUUUCUGUUGCUGCUGUUACGCAGGUUAGACCUGCAGGAGGAAGGUGUGUUUUCAAAUUGUACCUUUUUUUUUUUUGGUGCCCUUUUCCAGCAUUCUGCCUACCCCAGCUUUAAUAUCUUAAGGUCAAGACCUCUGUCAAGAAUAAGGUAUGAUAUCCAUCAUUAUCUUCCCCACAGACUGGACCAAUGAUUAAUGCUUAUCCAGUCAAAUAAUGUGGCACUGUACAUCCCAAAUAGGAGGAUACUGUGGAGAAGAUGGAGGCUGCAAUAAACUUGUAGUUCUUGUGGCAAAUUUGCUAAUGUAUAGAGAAGAUAAGUCUAAAUCUGACAAUGUGGUCGGACUGGUUACAGCCCGCUCAAUGCAUAGUUUACAGUAAAUCGUGCUGGGAGUACAAAUGUCAAUUAUUUACAAUCUGGUUAAGCCAUGACGGACUGAAAGAUGGUUACUGAGGCUACCGCUUUGUCUCAUUAUUGCUUUCUUCCUUCCAGUCCUGUACAAGUUUGUGAUGUAUCUGCAUCUGUCAAUAAAUAUAAGUAAAUCUCUAUGGAAGUGAAACAGCUGAUUCAAAGUCAUCCAAAACAACCUGUCAGACUGAUUGAUGGCACUGUGUUGAUCUAACAAAGGAAUUGUAACACUGCUUUCAGGUAAGUAUAUAACUGAGUCAAUAUUACUCAGUGGGAACUUCUUAAUGGGAACUCUGGUAUUUUUCAACCUGGGCCCUAUUUUUCAGAUUUUUAAUAUGAGUGUCUUACAACAUUACAGAAAAGGACGGACAGAGAAACCUUUCGCUCAUUCUGUUAUGCUCUGUGUCCAAGGCUCGUGGUGGCAGUCUCAUUCUUCACGAGGGAGAAAACAGUGGAAACUUUAGUGAGGGUUGGAGAGAAAAGUGCCAGUAAUAGUUUGUUGAAUUGGAGUGCAGAAAGUCUAUGUUAGUGUUAUCUAAAAGAUAAAUGUCAGGGCUGAAUAUUUAGCUGAUUUUCAGAGCGAGACAUCUUGUUAGUGAGACUAGGACACAAAACAGAGCAGAACAAGCAAAAGGUAUGGAAAUACAUGUCAUUUCCCUAUAGCGUCUUUUCUGUGAUGCUGUCAGACACUAUCUGAGCCUGUCAGUGGUGAAACCACCUGUCCAGAGAGGUUACAUUGUAGUCUGUUUUGCCGCUGUCAGCUGCAGUACUCUCUCUCAGUACUGGACCAAUUUCAAAAAUUAUUGUUCCCAUGAAUCACCCAGUCACAAAACCGUGGGAAAACAGGGUCCAGGUUGAAAAAUACCAGAGUUCCCCUUAAACCCUCUGCAUAUUAUAAACUGAAUCUCCAGCUCUAUCACUACUGUAGUUAGACACAUUUGGAGUUUCACGUGCACUUCAGAGUCUUAUAUCUCAGGUGGAACCAGUCUGCCUCCAAUCUCUUUUUAUUUUAGUCUUCAUGACCCUAAGUGCUCCAAUCAACUCAGCGGCCGUGGAUAUUGGGAUGAUUCUGUAACAUCAUUGAUGUGUCAUUUCUUUCACAAAGUCAUCAUUUCCGAUAAGGACAUGAACAUAUGAAAACAGAAACAAGGAUCAAACUAGUCAUUUGUAUACAUAUAUGUACAAAGCAAAUGAAAAUCAAACGUUUCAUCUCAGGCACAUGUGGUAGAAUCAGACCGGAUGUCAAGCAAUGUCAACUCAGGACUUGACAUGUCCCUCUUUGGGUCGAUUAACAAUAAGAAAGGCAGCAAAUGAGAAAGGACAAUGUGUUGUAAUAUGGAAUGGUCGCAUGUGCAAAAUUAAAAGUGCAUGAAAAUUGGUGUUGUGUAAAAUAACUCAAAAUCCUGAGUGAAACAUGACGUCAAAACAAAAGG